AUGCAAGUUCGAGCACCAGUGGCCAGCGUUGAUCCAGUUUGGAGUAGUCUUAUCCGGAGACGAGGGCAUAAAAUUCAUACAUUUGUAAUUUUGAAGCUAAUUAUUCAUGGUUUAAUGAAAGCUGUUGGAAUGACAUCCCAGUUAGUGGAAAUAGAACCAGGAACUACAAUGCACUUUUGGGUUCCAACUGAAUCCAUUCAUCCAAACAACAAAUUAUCAAAUAAACCUCCAGUUUUAUUUGUUCAUGGAUUUUUUGCCAAUGGAAUUAUGACAUGGCUUUUUCAAAUACUCUCCUUAAGUUCAAAUUUCGCUGUCUACGUCCCUGAUUUACUUUUCUUCGGAUAUUCCGUCACUACUCGUCCUGAACGAUCAACAAGUAUUCAGGCGGAAUGUUUAGCAAAGGGAAUGAUGAAGUUGGGUGUGGAAAAGUUUUCUGUUGUUGGGCUAAGUUAUGGAGGAAUGGUUGGGUUCAAGUUGGCUCAAAUGUAUCCUCACAUGGUUGAAUAA